AAGAACCCGUUCUUGUUUCCAGACAGAGUGAGUUGAGCUGAGCUCCAUAAUUAUUAUUUUAGCAUCUCAUCCUUCAAGUGAGUGAACGACACGAACUGUAAGCGUAGUAGAGAGUACGUCCUAAAGAAGCGAUGGGAGAAGAAGAGGAUCAUCGGCAGAUGUCGAAGAGAAUUGCGGCGGCGGCGUACGAUUACGAGAGAGACCCAAGAUGGGCGGAUUACUGGUCAAACAUUCUCAUCCCUCCACAAAUGGCCUCUCUUCCCAACGUUGUCGAUCAUUUUAAGCACAAGUUUUACCAGCGUUUCAUCGAUCCAGAUCUUGUUGUGGAGGCAAUGACUCCAAGUACAAUCAACGUACAGUCACGCAGCUCAGCUACUAGAGUGUCAGGGCCGUCAACAACCCAUGUCCCAAAUCCAACUUCAUUACGCUGGGACCAACCAACUAUUCAAUUUUCUGUCAAUGCUUGGGUUUUUAUUGUUGCUGUUCUGGCUAUACUUCCUGUUGUGCCUAUAAAUCUUUCAAACAGGGCAUACAAGCUGUCUUUCAUGGGGACAACAUGCUCUUCACUCUAUUCCUUGUACACUUUAUAUGGGAAACCCAGGGCGUGGAAUUUACAGGCGGUGCAAGUAUGGUUUCAAUCUGUGGUGGCCUCCAAGGAUUUCAUUUACUCCACUUAUUGUGUCACUUUCCUCGCUUCUCAUCUUUCUCUCAAAUUUGCGUUGAUUCCCAUCAUAUGUCGAGCUCUUGAGCAUGCUGCGAAGUUUCUUAGAAGAAAUUUCAGAGGUUCUUCGCUGUACAGGAGAUACUUGGACAAGUCAUGUGUAUGGGUAGAAGCCAACACGACUAAUCUUAGCGUAUUGUCUUCGCAUGCAGAAAUAGGACUUGGAUUUCUCCUAAUAAUAUCUUUGUUCUCGUGGCAACGUAACAUAAUACAAACUUUCAUGUACUGGAAGCUGUUGAAGCUGAUGUAUCAUGCCCCAGUAACAGCUGGUCAUCAUCAAAGUGUAUGGGCAAAGAUAGGGAGGACCUUAAAUCCAUCGAUUCAGCGUUACGCCCCAUUCUUGACCUCUCUUAUUUCUGCUGUACAGAGAUGGUGGUUCAGGUAGAACUAAGACAGAUAGACUUGACCGAAAUGAUGCUUUAGCUUUCCUGUAUACUGCAUUGCAUGCAUAUGGAAAGAGUAGCAGUAGUAGUAGUAGUAGAGCCUUACAUCUGUUCAAUGUUGUCAAUCUUUAUAGCUUGGUUCUAGCCUCUUUUGAACCUCAAAGUUCAUAAAUGUGGUUCA